AUGAAGUCCAGGCUGCUCCCUGUGCUGCUGCUGCUCCUGGCCCGGCCCCCCGCCACGCAGCCAGCUCCCCCGACCUGCUACUCCAGGAUGCUGAGCCUGAGCCGAGAGGUCACGGGUGACUUCCAAAGCCUGCAGGCCGUGGAGCCCUCGGAGCCGUGUGUGAGAUACCUGCCCACGCUCUACCUGGAUAUACACAAUUACUGUGUGCUGGCCAAGCUGCGGGACUUCGUGGCAUCGCCCCAGUGUUGGAAGGUGGCCCAGGUGGAUGCCUUGAAGGACAAAGUGCGGAAACUGUACACCAUCAUGAACUCAUUCUGCAGGAGAGAUUUGGUGUUCCUCUCCGAUGACUGCAAUGCAUUGGAAUACCCAAUCCCAGUGACCAUGGUCCUGCCAGACGGUCAGCGAUAGGGCAGUCCAGACUAGAGAGAGAGCCCAAGGGGACAACAGUUAUGUCAGCUGCCCAGACAAUGGGCUAAAGCCAUACUCUCCUCCCCACCCACCAGGCCUCCCUGUUACUACUGCACCAGAAGCUGUCACAUCUCUCCACCUUCUGGAGCACAGUUCUUGUUUUCUCUUCUCCCAGAACCUACUUUGAAGACAGUAGGUUAGAAGCUUUGCUUUCAUUUCCCCCUGGUUUUUGUCUUGCCAAGAUGGUUAGAUACACAAGGAUGUUUCCUGGAUCCCCGAAAAGAAAAAGCCAAACCCCCAUCUCUUGUAUGAACGUCUAGUUUGAGAAAAAGCAGAACGGUAGGCUUGUAUUAGUGCUUUAACGGAGUCCUGGUAACAUUUUUCUUUCUUGAUAGGCAUCUGCUUACACUUAGCCAUGCUUCUAUUUCAUAUGCUCUCCCACCACGAACUUUCCUGACAGUUAACUUCCAUUUUUAAGGAAAUUUCACUGCCAGAUAAAGUGUAUUUGCAAGUUUCAUAAUUAUAUAGUGCUGAUGGGAACCACUCUUUCAUUGAAAGGCGAUAAAAUUCAAAUAAAGACUAUCUCCAUGGUGA